UCCUGACUUUGCCUUAUUACACUCAGUAUCCAAAGUUUCAUGUUUUAAAAUGUCCUCUAAAACAAUAGUGUUGUGCGCUUCUAUUUUAUUCUUUUUAGUUCUUCUAGAACGUAAUCGCUAUCUCCCUGAUAAUGUUGUGAUCAACAUGUAUUUUAAAACUGAAUUUAGAGGUCGAGAGCUUGUGAAGAGGAAAUUGUUUGCCGAUUAUUUGAAGAGAUUCAAUAAAUCGUACGGCCCUGAUGAAAUUCAUAAGAGGCUUCGAAAUUUUAAGAAACACCUCAGAGAAAUAGAGAGAUUGAACGACGGCAGAAACGACGCCGUGUUCGGCGUCACCAAGUUCUCAGACUGGUCCAAGCAGGAGUUGCAGCAAAUGCUGUCGCCUGAGCUCGGAAGGCGCUGUGAUUCAAGGCAACGUUCCUGCGAUUCUCGCGGGUCAGCUAAAAUAUGGAACUUUGCAAAGACCAAUGAUGGGAUAAUCAGAAAACGGUUGCCGGCUAGAAAAAAACGGAGCUUUGGAAAGAGAGGGAAAGGGAUGAAUAACAAUGAUGGAAUCGUACGGAAAAAAUUGGAUUGGAGAAAAGAGGGCGCAGUCGGGCCAGUCAUAGACCAGGGGCGUUGUCAAAUAUGCUGGGCUGUAUCCAUAGCUGGGGUCAUGGCGUCCAGGGCCGCUAUACGCAGACACAGCUACCAUGGCUUGAGCAUACAGCAACUUAUAGACUGCUCCUAUUACCACGAAGAAAACAAAAGAGAGUGUGGAAGAGGAAGGCCCCUGCUCGAAGUAUUCGAGUUCCUAUGCUCCGAAAACACACGGCUAACAACGGAUGUCGACUACCCCCUCACUAAUGCUGAUGAGAAGUGCAAACAUAUCCCUGGAGUUAUUAGUUUGAAGAGCUUUAACAAUGAGUGUGAAAUGUAUGAAGAUGAAAGGAAGUUAGUAGAAGCGUUGAACGACGGCCCAGUGACGGCGCUGGUCUGGGCCGAACUGCUCUUCAGCUACGACAGCGGCGUCAUCAGUUGGCAUUGCCAGUACAAAGAUGAAAGGAAGUUAGUAGAACCAUUGAACGACGGCCCAGUGACGGCGCUGGUCUGGGCCGAACUGCUCUUCAGCUACGACAGCGGCGUCAUCAGUUGGCAUUGCCAGGUUAAAGAAGACGAGUUAAACCACGCCGUGCAAAUCGUUGGUUACGACACGACCAGUAACCCGCCCUACUACAUUAUCAAGAACUCUUGGGGGGAUGAUUGGGGAGAGGGGGGGUAUGUGAGGCUGGCUAUCGGAGGCAACCAGUGUGGAAUUGCCUACUCUAUUGGGAUUAUAGAUGUUUAAAUAUUUUACUUGUAGUUUUAUUAUAA